AUGGCAAGUAAAUUUUGUUUUCAAGCCUUGGAUAAAACUUUGAGGGAUGUAAUGAGUACAUAUGGUAAUUCUAAGAAGGUAUUCGGUGGUAAGGUUGUCGUCUUUGGCGGAGAUUUCAGACAAAUCUUACCUAUUAUUCCUAGAGGGAAUCAAUCGGAUAGUGUUCACUUUGCGAUCAAUGCAUCUUACAUUUGGGAUUCAGUGAAGGGCAAGAUCUCCGAGCCAAAUGAUGGAUAUGCCGACAUUGAAAUUCCAAGGGACAUCUUAAUUGAAGACUUCUGUGACCCUAUUGUUGCCAUUGUGGAUAGUACUUACCCUUCUUUCCUGGAUAAUUACCAAUCAUACGACUACCUCAAAAGUCAGGCUAUUUUAGCAUCAACCAUUGAAGUUGUUAAUCAAAUAAAUAAUCGUAUCCUUAACUUGAUGCCAGGUGAAUCAAAGGAAUAUUAUAGUUCUAACACAGUCGAUAGAUCAGAAAUUCAUGAUAAUAACAUCCUUGAGGUUCUAAGUCCUGAAUUUCUCAGCUCUUUGCGAACUUCUGGAUUGCCAAACCACCACAUAACAUUAAAGGUUGGAUGCCCAAUUAUGCUUAUGCGGAACAUUGAUCAGUCCGAAGGUUUGUGCAAUGGUACUAGGUUAAUUGUUACAAAAAUGGGAAAUCACGUACUUGAAGCUCAAAUAAUGAGGGGGGGAGGACAUGGAAAAGUUACCUACAUCCCAAGGAUGGAUAUGUCACCUUCACAAUCACCCUGGCCUUUCAAGUUGAGUAGGAGACAAUUCCCAAUCAUUGUGUCUUAUGCAAUGAUCAUCAACAAAUCUCAAGGACAAUCGUUGGAUUGGGUUGGAUUAUAUAUUCCUAAAGAUGUAUUUAGUCAUGGGCAAUUAUAUGUGGCUAUAUCAAGGGUGACAAGUAAGAAAGGAAUAAAGAUUUUGAUUCACGACGAUGAUAACAACCCAAAGUCGUCUACUUCAAACGUAGUAUACAAAGAGGUCUUUGCCAAUAUCUAA